AUGAUGCAGCUUGGGAACCCUCAGAAAUACCAGGAGAACAACACCUGUGUGAUCAGUCAGGACUCAGACAAAGGACACAUCAUUGUUGAUGAGGUCGAACCGGAGGGCAAAUAUGUCCGUCUCUGCAACAAUUCCAAACGGAUCAAGAAAUGGAAAACUGGGAAUUAUAUUUACACGUCAACAACAAAAACCCAUCAUUUACACAUUUCAGAAUUCAUUGAAACUCAAGGUGGAGAGUGUGUCAAGAGGCUCCUGAAUGCCUCUUCUAUAGAUGUGGGUUAUAUCCGAGGGGCUCAAAUUAUCAGCAGCAUAUUGAUGCUUGAAUUCACUCUGCUGAACAGUUAUACUCAGACAAUUGAUGCAGCUUUUCUUUGUAUCAGUCCAAACAGACAGCAACACUUUGAAUAUGAGUCUCUUUCUUUUAAAUGUGAGGGGACUAGUGGUUCCACUCAAUUGAGAGGAACCUGGAAUUCUGAGGAAUUUAAACCUAUAUGUGAUGUUAAGAAGACACCAACAGGGUCCUCCUGCACCAUUGAUAAAAUCUAUCAAGGAGACAGUGGAGAAUACUGGUGUGAGACUGAAGAAGGAGUGAGAAGCAACACGGUCAAAAUCUCUGUCACUGCUGGUUCAGUGAUCCUGGAGAGUCCUGUCCUUCCUCUGAUGGAGGGAGAAACUGUGACUCUGCGCUGCAGAAACAAGACGUCAUCCACCAACCUUCCAGCUGAUUUCUAUAAAGAUGGCCGCCUCAUGAAGAGCAGUUCAGGAGAAGAGAUGACCAUUAAGGUUUCCAAGUCUGAUGAAGGACUCUACAAGUGCAGCAUCUCUGGAGCUGGAGAAUCACCAGAGAGCUGGCUGGCUGUCAGAGCUGGUCCAGUGAUCCUGGAGAGUCCUGUCCUUCCUGUUAAAGAAGGAAACAACGUGACUCUGAGCUGCAGAAAGAAGACGACUACUUUAAACCUCCCAGCUGAUUUCUAUAAAGAUGGCCGCCUCAUCAGUAGUAGCAGCUCAACAGGAGAGAUGACCAUCCACAGUGUUUCCAAGUCUGAUGAAGGACUCUACAAGUGCAGCAUCUCUGGAGCUGGAGAAUCACCAGAGAGUUGGCUGGCUGUCAGAGCACCUCACAGAGAGACCUGUCCCUGCUCGAAUCAUUUCAUUUAUGUCCUCCUCAUCUUAAGGACUGUGUUCACCAUAGUGAUGGUGGCUCUGCUGCUGCUGCUGGUGGGACUGCUGCACUCUGGGCAACUCAGAGUCAAACACAAAUAACUGAUACUCGUGUGUAAAGGUAAACGAUAGUUUGGACGUCAACGUGAUGGAGCCGAGAUUAUCCCAUCAUGCUUUGGGUCGGAGAAAGCUGGCAGGUCAAAGAAGAUGCAAUUUAAAAAAGAAACACCCAGAUUUUGAUACAUUUAAUUUGCAUGUUUACUUUGACCUUUGUUUCUUUGUGUCAAUAAUCUUUAACUGUUAGACUUUCUCACACAGAAAACAGGUUAGAAACCACAGAGGUUCUGAUGCACGGAGUAUUUUUAAAAGGGCGGACUGUCUGUUUUCUCACUAUGUGUUGGUCUGUUUAUUUUAGACUCUACAGAUGCUGCUGAUAAUUUGAGCCUCUCAGACACAAACCACAUGAGAACAUGUAUGUCUGUAGAAGAAGCGUUCAGGAGCCUCUCUAGAAACAACAAACAGCAGCUUAAAGGGUAAACUGUGUCUUGUAUAGUACAGAAUAGAGUCUGUCUUAAUAUUAAACCAUAUAAUGUUACUGCAUAACCUGCCUUUUUGUUUAGGCUUCAUGUGAUAGAGUAGCUCAAAUCCAGGGUCACGGGUGAUGAACAAGAGCAGAAAGCAGACACUAAUUCUGCCACCCUAUUUAGUUUUUGUGUGAAGUGGUGGGAAGUUUUACUUUAAUAAAUUUUUUUAACAUAAAAGGAAUAAGUAAUAAUGAAGUAAUUUAGUGAAAUGUAUGAUCAGCUUUCAUUGACAAAACAAUUUAGAACAGUGAUUAAUGUUAACAACCGCCAGCUUCCGUCUUUUAUGGUUUUGCUUACUAUUUAAAAAAUAUAAAAAUAAAAAUACAAGGGGUGGCCUCU